GAAAAUGCAGGGAGCGAUGGAACAAAUUAAGUCCCGACGGCUGCAGCCUGCACAGUGAAACGGAAGGGCGAGGGAGAGGGGAAUGGUUGAUCUUGUAAUCCGGAAACCUGAACAUGUACCUUGGUGGGCAUCAAUGUGGACAUGCCCUCGGGCGCUUGAUUAGACAAACCUUUCGGUGAACGGGGAGAGCUACGAGUUGAGUAGAUGCACAUUUCUGUCGAAAACUCCGGCGGCCGUGACAUGUUUUCCUUUCUGUUAGGGGCUCUAGGGAGAAAUUGAUUGAUGGAUGGUCGAGAGAACUAGUUGGCGAGUUGUCGAAGUUGGUUCAGGUGGACCUCGAUUCCAACUCGACAUUGUGCGACUAUUGACCGAGCACCACUCGAUUUCGUUUUCAGGCUCGGUGGACGUCGUUGUCGAAACUGGAUUGUCGAGCUGGGAAGAAACAAAAUGGCCUCGUUUGGGUCUACUAGCCAGAUCCACAGGAGUUUCGUCGUUUUUACAAAUUUAUGUAAGAUGAAGUCUUUGGGUGCAACUUUGCCGUCAAACCUUGGGUUUAGUAGUAGAAUGGUCAAUGGGCUGAAUUCACUAUCUCAACAACUAAAUGCUAGAAGAUGCGAAGCAUGGACUCCUGUUCGUUGCAUGGGUAGUUCGAAAACGAAGGAGCAGCCUAGAGGGUCCUUGUGGAGAACUAGAUCUGUCAUCAGUAAAGAAACCGUCCAGGCUGUGCACGAUUUGAGAAGAAGUAAAGACAGUCCAGAUGAUCUGAAGAAGGCAUUUCAACAGCGUAUCUCUCGUUUGCUGAAGAUGGAUUUGCUCGCAACCCUGGCCGAAUUACAAAGACAAAACGAAAUAUCUCUUGCACUUCAGGUUUUUGACGUAGUGCGGAAAGAAAUCUGGUACAAGCCAGAUAAAUUUCUUUACAGACAGAUGUUGGAUGCAUUGGGAAGAAAUCGCAUGAUUCCGGAGCUUGAGCAGAAGUUUCAGGAGCUACAAGACGAGGGUAUAGUGCCCGAUGUAGUAAUAUAUAGAGAAUUAGUUGGAGCUUAUGUACGUUCGCACAUGCUUGAGCGCGCCUUGGAAGUUCAUCAAAAGAUGAUAGAAAUUGGCUGCGGCGAUGACAGGCUUAGCUGCCAGUUUAUAGAGAAAGGCAAACUUAAAGAAGAUAGAAAGGGUGCUUUGCCACGUGACAGUACUGACUUCGAACAAACAGAGGUGACUGUGACAUAGUGAAUAUUAUAAUAUCAGUAUCAACCUUGGUGAUUACUUUAUGCAUGCAA